UUUCUGUCUGUUCCGUCGAAAGGCCAGUUGCGCAUUUGUUUUAAUUUUUUUUUUUUAACUUUCGGAAUUACGUUAUUUUCUCACUAAUAUGGUCUUGCUCUGCCUACUUCCUCCAUCCCCCGUUUGCUUCGUUUACCAGUAUUUGGUAACCCCCUGUGAGUUUGAGUGGUGCGUCAUCUUUGAUACUUUUCCUUAUUCCUAACGAGCUUCGUUUCAUGAACGUUUCCGAAGGCCGUGCGGCGCUGUCUGUCAUUAUUUAAUCUGAGAUCCUCUGCUGUUAAACUUCUACCAAAGUCCAUAUGGCUAUUCCGGAUCAAUUUCAGCUUCAGGCUAUAAAUGAAAUCGCAGAGUCUCUCAGCAGCUGUGAACGCAGGACGCUCUUCUAUCUCUGUGAAAACUUGGGCACAGACCACAGCGCGGUAUGUAUGAAGGAGAUGCUCAAAUCUAAAGUGAUGGGGCAUCAAAACGCUCACCUGUUUCUCGCGGAGCUCAUGUGGCGUUUGGGACGUUUGGAUAUUCUAAAGAAGGUGUGUAAAGUGAGCAGAGAUGACUUGGAGAGGAUUUAUAAAUCCGGACAGACGGUCCCGCCUUUCAGAGUAUUGAUGGCGAAUAUAAAUGAGGAUCUGGAAAGUGAUGAUCUGAACAGAAUUAAAUUCUUGUUAGGUUGCAAGUUAUCACGUGAGAAGCUUGAGAAGGCAGAGAAUUUCCUGGAUAUUGUUGUUGAACUUGAGAAGCUGGAUUCAUUCUCACCGGAAAACGUUGGCUUUGUAGAGGAGUGUUUGAGAAACAUUGGCAGGAUUGAUCUAGCCAAAAAAUUGACUGGUUACACGAAGUCAGUUGUGCCAGUUGAACGGAAGCUACAUUUGUCUCUGGUGCAGAAAUGUAUAAUUUCUCAAGAACAAGAACCCCGCUUAGCGAGGGUAAACAUACCAUUGGCUGCCUGCAGACUGCAGAGCUGUGAGAGUCUGCCAGUUUGCUACAAAUUUAACACUAAUCCCAGAGGACUCUGUGUGAUCAUAGACUGCGUGGGUAAUGACGGAGAAAUGUUGGAAAAAACAUUCAAGGCUCUUCACUUCAGUGUGAUGCUUCACAAGUAUCUGAGUGCUGCUGAAAUCCUUUUAACUCUCGAAACGAUUCUCAGUCAGAAAGAGAAGCUCCGAGAUGACAGCUUUGUGUGCUGCAUCAUUAGCCGUGGUACAGAAAGUCGACUCUUGGGCACAGAUUUAACUGGUAGCGGUCUUUCUGUGGACAAAGUCAGACGUCUUUUCACCGCAAAUGCAUGUCCAGUGUUGGCUGGCAAGCCCAAACUCUUCUUCAUCCAGAGGUACAGCAUACCAGAGCAUCUGCCCUGCCCCAGGAUGAACCACUUGGAUGAGAAUCUCGAGACAGAUGGCUGCGAUGGGGUUUUGAUGGGUAUUCCUACAGAUGCAGAUAUGUUCUGGAGUCACUGCUGGACAGAUGAACGUCAGCUCAACCAAAUCCAACAUUGCUCUGUGUACCUGAAGACUCUGACAGAUGCCUUACACAAAGCCCAAAAGAGGAAAAUUAAUAUUUUUGAUGUUCAAAUGGAGGUGAACGGCACCGUCUUUGAGCACAGCAGAAGAAAUCCUGGAGAAAACUAUCAACUUGAUGUAAAGCAUACUUUGAGGAAAGAUCUAUACUUACAAUAAAGGAUUCAUCAUUUUUACCCAACACCCAGCAGUGCCAUUACAGAUGGGCCUGUGGGUCCAGACCCACAGUAGUGCAGCUGCACAAGCUGGUGAAUGAAUUCAGGGCCAUCACCACAGGUGUAUAACAAGCAUUUGUGAAAGAAUGACUCAUUCUAAUGAGCUCAGUGAAUUUGAGCAUGACGUAAUAGGAUGCCGUCAUUGCAGUGAUUCGGUUUGUGAAAUUCCUUUCCACUUAGACAUUCCAUAAUCAACUGCAAAUAGUUUUACUGGAAAGUGAAAGUGUUUAGAAACCACAGCAACUCAGUCACAAAGUGGCAGACCAGAUAAAAUUACAGAGUGGAGUUGCCGAAUGCAGAAACAUACAGUGUUUAAGGUCACCACCACUCUGCUGACUCAAUAACUGCAGAGCUCUUCUGGCAUUAACAUCAGCUCAAAAAAUGUGCACUGUGAGCUUCGUGGCAUGAGUUUCCAUGGCCCAGCAACUCCUGUAGAUGUAAUGUGUAGGUGGCUCAAUACCUUUGUCUAUUUGUAGUUUUAAAGCAUGGCUUCACUCAAAAAUUGCAAAACAAAUUAAAGUGUAUUAGAGAUAUCGUGUGCUCAAAAUCCACUGCCCUGGUGUGUGCUGAGUUCUGGACCUAGAGAAAGUUUCCCUGCUUGUCAUUCCCUGCUUUGCUUGUGCAAUCAAAGACUGAUAGUUUUGCACUUCUUUAACUGUAGCUACAUUUCUCUAGAAGCUUACCGUCCAUAUGUAAUUGUAAUUAUGUAACUCAGUUAGGUAGUGUGUGAAGGCGGCCCAGUGUAUAGGUUUAUUAAUCAUAGUACCGACUCUAGUAGUGUAAAUUUAAGGUGUUUUGUUGUGUGUUUUUUUUCAUGAGCUGUAUUUGUGGGCAUAGCUUGCACGAGUGCAAGCUGAAUUGCAUAUAAGUGACAAUAUGAAGGCACGCUCUCUUUGUAUUUUUUUUUAUUAAUUAAUUUAUUUUAUGGAAUAGCAAAUGAGCCAAAUGCCCCUCUAUCAAAUUUGCUUGCCCGUCCAGUUCAUAUCUGUCACAACUUGCCCUAGAAAGAACAUUUUUAUUGUGUAUAUUGUGACAUCUAGUGGUUAUAUUUUGUCAUAACUUGUUAUAGCUGAAAAAAACUAAAAACUUUAAAUGUGUAUUUAUUAUUUUUUGAAAAUUUGAAGUCAGAAUGUUGGUGCAUAUUUAAUCAGAAAUCAACAGAAAGUCAAAUUUAGAGGAUAAGAUAAUGGCAAGAGUUCUCAACCUCAAUUAUGCAGGCAGGAACAUUAUCAAACCUACAGCUUUUACAAACAGCUCACCCAGUCAUCGCUACUGCGAUAGAAAGUUAAGGCAGCUUAAAUUUAAAAAAAAGUCCUUUCAGUGUAUGCUUAAAUCUACACCAUGCAGUAAAUUUAUGCAUUUGUAACUUUUUCUUUAGCGUGCAGCUAAACCAAACUAACAUUCUGUCUGUGCUAUUUUGUACUUUUUAAAAUUAUUUUUAAACUUAUGUGGCAACAUUGAAAACAACAGUGGAUGAAGGAAACACUAUAUUGAUUUUGUGUGUUAUUGUUUUGUUAUUGCACAUGUUUUUUUUCUUUAAUGUUAAUUAUUGCAUUUGCACUUAAUAAUCUACUAACCUAGUUAUAUAAUGAAAUGCUAAAUGUAACUAUCAUAAGCUAUUUUUCAUAAUUUAAAAUAAGUAUUUCAUAUCA